UGGGUUUGGGCGAGGUGGUAGUGCAGACGAUCCAGCUCACCCCGCGUCCACCUUGGCUCCAACUUGCCAACCUCGUCGUUCGAUCCUAAAUCGGGAUACAGGAGAAAAGAUUUGGAAACCGAGUAUCUCACGGUGAUGGAGUCGUGCUCGAGGUGGCCCUCCAUGUCGCAUCUCACUUUUGCAUUUUCACCGAUGAUGGAUGAUGGAGGGGGCCGAGCAAACCGGGUACCGAAAAGAAUGCAGACAAAAACCAGAGCCGCAAGGCCCGCGGGCCUAUCAACUCUAUGCAAAGAAACGAAGAUCGCCAGAACACAGCGCUCGAGAUCGGCUACUCGGCAGGCUCUCUCCUCGUUCUUGUUACAGGUCUCCAGAGUCAGUCAUCAUUUGAGUGUGCCGCCGCCGUUGCCGUUCCGUGCGUGCCUAUCCCAUCCCAUCUGUCCAUUUCGGAGAGAGCGCAGCAGCAAAUCACUCGGCGCACUUCCUCGACUGAUGCCGCCCAUGCCACUGUGGUCAACAGCAGUAGCCAUGUGUGUGCUGGCACUUUGUACGGUCCAGUCCGUCCAGGACAAGGCCCUGGCAAAGUCUAGGAGAGAAAAGAAGCUUGAGGCCGACCAUGUUUGAAUCGAGAUACCCACCUACUGCAUUAAACAGGGUGCACCGCAGUCCACAGGGUCCAGAUCAUCCCUGCAUCCCUGGAUGAGCCUAGAUCCUGGUCCUGGCCUGCCGCCCGAAGGCAGAGGGGGACAGCGGCCGGUCCCCCAGCACCCGCUUUUUGUGAGGGAAAGCAGAGAACAGACCAGAGGGGAUCUGAGAGAGACGAGGACAAGGAGGACGAGGAUGGCCCUG